AUGGCGAGACGAAACGCAGAAGCGGUUUUGCAAUAUUCUACCGCAUACCCAUUUCGACUCCAAGGAAAAACCUUAAAAUGUGUCUACUGCUGCGAAAGUUACGAAGAUCCAACAUUAUACAGGCAACAUAUGGACGAUAACCAUGAAAUUUUCACAGUUUCCACAGCGUUUGCACACUUAACAAAUAACGAAUAUUACUUAAAAGUUGAUCUCACUGAUUUUAAAUGCAGAUUAUGCUUGGAACCGUUUGAUGAUAUAAACUCUUCUGUUCGGCAUAUUUACGAAUUGCACGAUUGCAAGAAGCUCAAUUUUGAAUAUGAUGUGGCAAUGCAGCCAUAUAGAUUAGAUAAAUGGAACUGGACAUGUUACAUCUGCCAAACAAAAAUGCCUUCUCUUGUUGCAUUGGGCAGACACACUGUAGCCCAUUACCAGAAAUUUACAUGUGACGCGUGUGGCAGAAGUUAUUAUACCAAUGAAGCGUUGAAAUACCAUUUCAGAUGCUCCCAUUCUGGUAAGCAUGUAUGUAGAAAAUGCUGGCAGGAGUUCCCGAAUGCAGCAUCUAGAAGGUCCACAUUGGAAAUACACGUUGGACGAAGUGAAACUGACAGUAAAACAAAAAAGAAAGUGGUUCUUGUGUUCCAGACUCCACAGCGGCGUAACGCCGAAAUGAUAUUAAGAUUUUCCACUGCUUAUCCAUUUAAAACAAGAUUUAGUCAAAUACUUUGCGCGUAUUGUCACGAGGAAUACGAUACACUCGAUCUCCUUAGAUAUCAUAUGAAGUCUGAACAUCUAAAUUCUGAUUUUAAAAAUGUUUUUUAUAGAACUAAAGAUAAUUUGAUUAAAGUUGAUAUUACCGAAUUGAAAUGCAAAAUAUGCUCAGUGGAUAUACAAGAUAUAGACACAUUAAUGAAUCAUUUCUCAAAUGAGCACGGAAAGUCUGUUAAAUUCAAUGCUCGUUUUGGCGUGUUACCUUAUAAGCAAAAUAAUGAAAGUCAUUACGUUUGUGUGUAUUGUCAAAGGGUAUUUGCAGAUUUCGUUAAUUUCAAACGUCACAUUAGUUCUCAUUUUAUGAACUUUAGCUGUGAUAAAUGUGGCACGACAUUUGUAUCUGAUCACGCUUUGCGUGAUCAUCACCGUCAAGUAAAAUGCUUUCGAACAGCGUAUAAACCUCGAAACGGCCUCGUGAUGAAGCCGAGAGGUAACGCUGAAAUAAUUCUCCAAUGUUCAACAGCUUGCCCCUUUCGUACAUGGAAAAAUAACUUUAAUUGUGUAUUCUGUCGCGUACAAUUCACCGAUCCAAAUGGAUUACGAAGUCACAUGGCUACACGCCACGUUAAUUACGACGUACAAGCAGCGUUUUAUAAAAAACUAGGCAAAGAGUUCCUAAAGAUAGAUAUAACUAAUUUGCAAUGUAAACUUUGCUACUUGCCAAUCAAUGAUUUCGAAUCUUUAACGUAUCAUUUGAAAAAUGAUCACGAUCAACCAAUAAAUACUGAACAUCAGCUAGGCGUACUACCUUUCAGGUUAAACGAUGGUUCCAUAUGGAAAUGUACAAUAUGUCCAAAUGAAUUUAAAGAUUUUAUAUCCCUGAAGAAACAUACUGCUGAGCAUUUCCAAAACUAUGUUUGCGAUACGUGCGGAGAAGGGUUUAUAACUGAAUCUGCAAUGAUAGCGCACACAAAGAUACCUCAUGAAAAUAAAUACAGUUGUAGUAGAUGUAUAGCAACAUUUUCGUCGCUUGACGAAAGGAAUGUUCAUGUGAAAACACAGCACACUUCAAUGCCUUAUAUGUGUAACUAUUGUAAAGAGAAACCACGAUUUGCUAACUGGGAAUUGAGGAAGAAACAUCUUAUGGAAGUUCAUAAUUUUAAAACGGGGGCCGAUAAAUAUGAAUGUUCCACUUGUCAGAAGACCUUUAAAACGCGCUCCGGAAAAUAUAACCAUAUGGCGAGAACGCACAGAAUGAAAAAAGACACUGAACUUAAUUAUCCUUGUCCGAGACCCAGAAAGGAUAUAGACGGGCCUAAUGAGAAACAAACUAAACCGAAAAAGAGACUUUUCGAAAGAUCGGUUAACCAGAAUCCACAACGACAAAACGCUGUUCUUAUCUUAAGACAUUCUACGGCAUUCCCAUUCAAAACUAGAUUUAAUAGGAUAGUGUGCUCUUAUUGCCAUGAUGAAUUCGAACCAAUGUCUGCACUCAGAGCUCAUAUAAAGGCGGAACAUUCCAAUGCUGAUUAUAAUAGCGCUUUCUACAAAGUAACAGAUGAUUUGAAAAUUGACAUCACAGAGUUGAAAUGUAAAAUGUGCUCGACCGAUAUACCGAAUGUUGAUUCGUUAAUGACCCAUUUAUCGCGAGAUCAUGAUAUCGCAGUUAAUUUUGAUGUACCCUUUGGAGUGCUACCGUACAGACAAGGCACAACUGGACAUUGGAUGUGUUUAGAAUGUGACAAAACAUUCCCCGAAUUCUCUCAAAUCAACGGACACUUGAGGAGUCACGUGAAAAUAUUCACUUGUGAGAAAUGUGGUGCGACCUUUUUGUCUGAACACGGACUGAGACAACAUGAGCGGAAGUUCAAGUGUUACAAAACCUCUUAUAAACCUCGUUUCGGUAAAGCUUUAAAGCAUCGCAGCAACACGGAAAUCAUUCUUCAGUGUUCAACAGCUUGUCCGUUUAGGACUUGGGGUCAGAACUUCAACUGCGUUUUCUGUCGAGUCCAAUCCAACGAUCCGAAUGGCUUACGUACUCAUAUGGCUGCACAUCACGCUAACUUCGAUGUCCAAUUAGUAUUCAACAGGAAACUAAGGAAAGAAUUUCUCAAAGUUGAUAUUACGGAUCUCAGAUGCAAACUAUGUUUCAUGUCCAUAGACAGUCUCGAUGACCUGAUAACUCAUUUGAAAAACGACCAUAAGCAACCCAUAAACGCGGACGUUCAGCCGGGUGUCUUGCCCUUUAUACUCAGCGAUGGAUCUUGUUGGAAGUGUGCGAUAUGUAAAAUCCAAUUCACCGACUUUAUAUCUUUGAAAAAACAUACAGCGGAGCACUAUCAAAAUUAUGUAUGUGACACUUGUGGCGAAGGAUUCAUCACGGAGACUGCAUUGAUCGCGCACACGCGUAUUCCGCACGGUAACAAAUAUAAUUGCAGUCGUUGUGUUGCCACUUUUUCAUCUUUAGAAGAGAGGAAUAUCCAUAUUAAAACUCAGCACACGACUCUUCCUUACAUGUGUGUUUACUGUAAAGAGAAACCAAGAUUCGCGACAUGGGAAUUAAGGAAGCGACAUCUAAUGGAGUUUCAUAAUUAUAAGCCCGGUGCAGAGAUGUACGAAUGCACCACGUGCCAUAUGACUUUCAAAACACGAUCUCAAAAAUAUCAUCAUAACGUUAAGGCGCACAGAACUAAGAAAGAUACGGAGUAUUGCUACCCUUGUGGGAGUUGUUCUAGAGCUUUCGCUUCCAAACUAUCUUUGGACAAGCACAUAGCAAAGAAGCAUUUCCACGUUUGA